GUCUCUACGUAUGUCUGUGUUCCAUUGCUGUGAUGUUCGUAAACCUCAUCAACGCUUAUUGUGCUGUGUGUCGCGGUUUGCUUGAAUCGUUGCUUUGGUGGAAAAUCCGAGUUAUCGUGUUGUGGGCGCGGGCGGUUUAUGUCUCGAAAUGUCUGCUGACUGUGCUGCUCAGCUACAUAAAAACCACUCGGGGCGCUCAGCCGCAGUGCCCAGUUUUAGAACUGUUUACAAGGAACAGUGCAACAACUUUUACGUGUGCAGUCGUCGCACUCUGUUGUCAAAAAUUCCCAAUGAUUCCUCGCUCGAUCUGUGUGUGGACAUAAUUCGGGCCGAUGAAUGGAAGCCGCUUUUGCAGGCUAUCCGUUUGGACAAAAGUCUGGAGGCUGUCGUCUUCAAAUCAUCAUUUCUGGGCGACUACCCCGAGCUCAUAGCUGAUGUUGGCCGCCUGCAACUCGUGCAGAAGAUGCAGCAGAGCAUCCAUGUGCCUGCACUUUUCACACCAGAGAUGCUGAAGACAUUCUGUUUAGCCCUGUCCGAGCAGCUGAAGAACAACACUCGGCUUAGGUCGCUGGGGCUCAUUGGCUUUCCCUUCUCGCUGGUUCACCUACAAGAACUGUCAGCGGGUGUCUGCACAUCAGCGUCCCUUACAACUGUCACUCUUGAUGGAAGCUCACUUGGCAAGCAAGGUCUGGAAGUGCUUUGCCGUGCCUUAUGUGAGAAAGAGAGCGUGCGUGUACUCAGCCUCUGCGACUGCCGACUGGGCAGCCGUGAGGCCGACCUGCUGAACUGGCUCCUGCGGCAACAAAGCCUUGGUCGCCAGGGGGCACUGUGGCAGGGUGUGCUGCGCCAGAGAGCUCUGGCGCUUGACUCGCUGCGCGGCCUUCGACGACUCAGCCUGUGUCGCAACCCACUGGGAGACCAGGGCAUCUGUGCUUUGGCUGAAGCUCUCACAGAUAACCUCUGCCUCAAGGCACUUGACCUUCAGAGCUGCAAUGUGGGCAAUGCUGGUGCCUCUGCCUUGCAUAAUCUGUUGGUCAACAACAUUGUCCUGGAGGUAGUUGACAUACGGCAAAAUCCAAACAUAGAUGCUGCCUUAGCCAAGGGCAUAGCGAAGAAAGUGUCCUCAAAUCGUCACGGAAGACAGUGUCAAUAUGAUGUCCUCCCACUAGGCAAAAGCCAGCCAGUGCAGCCAGUUUCCCAUCACCAGAGGAGUAGGUCGGCAGGGAGACUGCAGGAGACGAAGAGUGCACAAACCAAAUGGAAGCCGCGCUCAUCAUCUUUGGGCAGGACCGCAACCACGCAGCGAGCACUCAGGUCUCCAUCUCCAGAUGUGCCCUGCACCAACCAUUGUAAACCCUGCGGGUUGUUGGCUUCCAAACACAUUGAGGAGGACCUGCGUCGAUGCCAAGAAACCUUGAGAAAAGAGCAAGAAGCCAGGCAAAUGGUGGAAAGAAAACUACUUGAGCUCUUUGAGGAAAAUCGACAACUACGUUCUCAGCAGUGCAAGGGUUGUCGGCAGCUUGGAUAUUCAUUAGUUUCAGAUGCACUGCUGAAGGACAUAGAAAGGGCUUUCAUCAAGUUCCAAGUCUUCCUGGCUGCUAGCGCUGGCACAAAUAGGGAUCCCAUUGAGAAAGUGCCACAGGCUUCCAGGCGGUCUGAGGAUGUGCAUAGUAUGACAUGUCCUGGACAACUGCCCAUGGUCACACCAAGAUAUUCCGGUAGUGUUCGCUCGGGUUCAGGUGAUGACCUGUACUCCACAAGAGAUCACACUGGUGACCCAAGCACACACAGCUGCCCUAUCUUGACUCGCGGACCUGGGUCCACGAGCAAGACCGUGGCAUCAAAACCACCUGUGCCUCCCCAGGCAAAGCCUUUUCAAGUGUUUGUCCAAAGCAAAGCCAAACAGAUCAUUUCAGAGAAGAGAAAUCAAGGUAACAGCAGCACAGCCGACGCCACUUCUUCAGUCACUCGACACAAAGAAGGCCCCAAAAAGAAUGCCACUUCAUUCAAGGCAGCUGCAGAGGAGUCCCUACAGGGCAGUCGGCCAAGAAGAACGCUCAGCGACACUUUAGCUGCUCCACUAGAGUCAUCAAAGCGGCUCUCAGAGCUGCUUGGCAUAGAUCAAGUUCCUUCCAAGCUCAUGUCUAGUACACUGGGAUCACCCGAGUUCUUUCCACUGGAAACAUUGGACAGUGAGGCUGGCUCAUUGGGAUACAGGUAUGACUUCAAUAGUAUCACUUCAAUGGCGUCGGCUCUGUCAGAAGCUGAAGAAAAAAAUUCUUCAACAAAGCAUCUUGUAACCUCUAGCUUGGCUUCAAAGCCCAGAACAUCACAGAAGCCGCACAACAAAAAUACAGCUUCCAAGAGCUCACUGUCUUCACAUGACAGCACUUUGGUCUCCUCAAUUCAGGAGGAGAUGGCAUCUACCGGCUCCGCGUCAUCCACCAGUAAACACCCACCUGAAGCACCAGCUACUGUUGGAUAUCUGAGCAACAGUGCAGCAAAACGGUUUACUUCAGAACAACAGAGUUAUCAGAGCCAGGCUUCUCUGUCUGACGCAAUGUCACUUCCACAAAUGCCAAGCAAGUCUCUUAACAUGGAUACAGCUGAAAUUACUGUGAGCAGCAUCCAUAGCACCACGAAGCACAAGAAAGCAGCAAAGAGCUCAUUUCGAGACUCACACCGCCACAGCACCCCAACCCUUAGCAAUAGUGCUUCUCAGGGCAUCUUUGAAGUGAUCUCAACUCCGUCCAAUGUUAGUUUGUCCCUAAACCAAUCGGAGGUGUCAACACCUUCCACUCCAGACACUACAACACCACCACAGCUGGCGGGAAGUGAUUUUGAUGGGUUCUAGCACUCUCUUGACUAACUGACACCAGAGCAUUGAGCUCAACAAUAUUGCACCCAAGGCCUGAUUGUUUUCAUAGAGCGCCAUGAAAACAUGUGGGCAAGAAGAAGGUAUUCAAAGAUAUUGCUUCACUGCGAAUCUUCCUUGUCUGCAUAGUUUCAUGCUAAUGUUUGAAGCACUAUAUCCUAUAGAAUUGUGUUGUUCUGUGGGCUUUAUGAAAGGAGCAAGUCCAUUGGAAAUGAAACAGUUGCUCAAUAAUCAUCGAAAACCAAAAGUUUUCUCUAAUACGUAUAUCUGCUAGAACCACAGCUGUUUUCACAGUGAUCACACCCACAGACCCUCACCCCCGUUUGCAAACAGCCUGACGUCACUGCAUGCGCCCGUCCCAUGUGCCGCACCUCCGAGGUGGGCAUUGGUUGGCAAAGGCCGUACAGCCGACCGGUUCUCUGCAUAGGAGCACUGCUUCUGUCUAAGCUGCUGCAAUCACAAUUUUCGCAUGUUGCUAUGUUCUGAAGGGACAGCAUCUACGAACUGUUCUUAAAAAGUAACCGUCCCCAUUUGACUGGCAUAUUAAGAUAGCAUUGUUGCCAAGUGCACGGUGUCCUUGAAUCAGCAUAUGGUGAUUUCUUAAGAAAUCACCCAAUGCUCUUUUGCAGAUCAAAGAGCCAGAAAAAUUACAUUAUGCUUCGAAAGCAAAUAUGUUACAACAGAAGAUUAACCUUUUCUCGGUGCCAACAUGACGCUUCGCUUAAAUGACUGAUUUUUGGCAAACAUUUUGCAUUGUAUUGACAUGAAUGCUUUUAAUUUGUGUCCAUUUACACUGUAAUCUUAAAUGAUAUACAAGAAUAACUUCGUCUACGACAAUCAGCCAUACGCAGUGGUGGUGCUUAAGUUCCAAUGGGGGCGGAAUUAAAGAACAGUCCUUACCAUGGUUUGGGUGCUUGGUGAAAAACCCCAGGUGGUCAAAACAAAUCCGAAGCUCUCCUUUACAGCGCCCUUCAUAAACCACUCUGCUUAUUAGCGAUGUUAAACACCAUACCUUAAUUAAUUUAACCUAUUACUCAUCACAAUGCAAAUGCACGAAGCAUAUUAUAAGUAAUGCAUAAUUAGUUGCGCAUUAACUUUGCUGCGCAUGUGGCCUUUCUUUGCUGCUUAUAACUUUAAAAGACUCAGUUUUGUGUAGAACUUGUUGCUGGGCGAGUUGGUUGGGAUCUAAUGAAUACAUUGUUCCGCCAAAAAAGGAAAAAAAAUAAGGACUUGGGAGGGAGCGUACGAAACAAUCAGCACUCAAUCAGCGCUCAAUCUUUUGUUUCGUACUCUCCCUCCCAAGUCCUUAUUUGUUCCUUUUUUGGCGCAACAAUGUAUUCAUUAUAACCCAGUUUUGUGUUCUUAUAUGCACAAUCACAGCUUAAGUUUUGUGGUGGAAAGGCAAGUAUAAAAACAAGAAAUAAAACAAAAAAGUUCACUGUUUUAGGUGAGACCCGUGAGAUCUGCAUAAUGGUUUUAGUGGGUUGCGUUUUGUGCAAUCCUCGUGGCGAAGAGUGCACAUGCAGGUUGGGCGACGGUAAAAACAUGCUGCUAGCGCAUGCACAUUCCUUGUGGCGAGGCGUACGCUGUUCCCGGAAUGGUCAAAACACAUGGUAGGAGCUCAUUUACAGUUGUACCUUUAAGCCGAUAGAUUAUGCUCUAGCAAUUUUUUUUCUUCACACAGCGCUAACGGCGCUGAGAUAUUCGCACUCACUGAUCAUCGCAUCUCAUUCAUUUCUACCUGUACAAAAAUGAUGGGCCCAGAAAUUCUGUCGACGCCUGGUCACUGCGACAAGAUGCAUUGCUGAUCGUGCAUUACACCACAAACGUACGCACAACCACGCGACAAUGUGUUCCGUUUCCCUACAGAAAGAUGAGCCGGAACCAUCACUAUUUCUUGCUGCGCAUUCCAUCACGCAACAACAUACAUAGUGCAUUUCUGAAGAACAGAUGAUGUCACUGUCCAUCACACAGGCCACCAAAAACCACCGCAUUGUUCACACUUUUGCAAGUAAAAAAACCAGCAUUGCCAGUUUUUUAUCACGCAGUUUACCACCCACCAGUGUUCUCCAUCACACACUACUGCUAAUCUGACUGACGAGAUUGUUGCGGAUGCUCACGAAAAAAAAAAUGUGUCCACUUGGUGCACACCAAGCACUACGCGACUGCACCCUGCCACGCAGAGGCGACGUUUUACCGACCAGACCCACUCUACAGGCGCCGGUGAUGUUGCCUUCAUUGUGUCAUGUACCGAGGGAGAGGUCUAUUAGAGACUGCUCAUUGCCUAAUUGAAGGAGGGAAUAGGUUUGGGCAUGUUGGUAAUUCAUCGUUAUACAACAUACAUAGUGCAGCAAGAACAAAAAACAGGUUGAGACAGGACAGGUGCUGACCUUCAACUAAGGUUGUAUUGUGGAUCUUUAGCAUACAUAUGUACGCAUAUCUGAAUCUGCAAAUGGAAAGAACUGACAUAGAGGAAGAACGUAAACUGCCACACACCAUCUUGACUUCUUGGUGUAGACUGCACGUGGCAGUUUACCUUCUUCCUCUCUGUCAGUUCGUUCCAUUUGCAGAUUCAGAUGUCUGUACAUAUUGACUCUUUUCACGGAGCACUUUGUUCUAGAGAAAAGAGAUGGCACUUUCGGCAGCGCGCACACAAAUUCAAAACCAUUACCGCAUCUACGUUGCUUCUGUGCGAUCAGCUGUCCAAGAUGCAACCGAGUUUUCAUUAACGCUCUGUGCUUCAAUCGUGCUGCAAAUUUUGGAGCGGUGGAUUGAAGGCGUGUGCAGUAGUUGGCUGCGAAAAUAGUGACUGGCAUAUUAAGGAAUGGAAUGAAUCUGUGUGACCAAUCUCACGGACUGCUGCUACACAAGGACAGCCUGUGUUGCCAGCUCUUCGCAAUGCCACAACUUUCCCCAGAAUAAAAGCCUUCACUCAUCUGCCAGCAUUGUAUCGCUAACCUCCAAAGAAAGGACUUCCUGGAACGUCAGCAAGAGUGAGCACCGCUCGUUAAACAAUAACAAAGGGAGUAAGUAGUGCCACUUCCUGUCAUAGUAAGUUUCGCGCACGUUAUAUACACACAUCUACCCAAACUGGCAUGCAAACUUACUCACGUCCACUCUGUCACCAACGUAUCAAUAGGUGAAUGGGCACACAUUUGAAUAUAUGCACACUUUAUAUGCGCAAUAAAUGGCUGACUACACUGACAGCACACGAAUGGUUGAAGCUGAAUGUUUCAUGACGGUCCACAAGAGUAAGUGAGUUACCAGAGAUGAUACAUCUUUGCUACAAGGUAUUACAAUGCACAGACAAGCUACGUUUCACGCCUUGGGCCCUAUAAGAACAAAUCUAUCAGAACUGAGCACACCCGCGAGCGAUUAGACAGAAAAUAAUCAGAUGGUGAACACACUGAGAAAUUUUACUGAGCCAGAAAUGUGACAAGCCGCUGCUCCAAAGUAUUUGCCAGAUAAAGAACAUAAAGCAAAACUUGCUGAUCCUGAUUCGUAAGCGAAAAGUUUGAAUAGCUUGGAACACACAUUUAGCCCCGCUUUUACAAGCACCAACUACACUGCUCGUGCCAUUUGGACAUAGCUUAAUCAGCUCCGAAAGUGCUUUUACAUGUACUCUGAAACUGACCAAAGCUUCGUGUCGUCCACCCAGUCAUCGUCUGUGAUAUCUCCUGAAACAGAGGUUUGCUAAGCCGCACCGGCGUCGUACACAUCCAUUGUAAACUUGGAGACACGCGAGGCAACCAGUGGGCACGUCACCAUGUGAUCAAACAUGGCAGCGCCCAUAGGAUCGACACGAAAAGGGUCAGUGUUCUCAGGAUCCAAACUAAAGCCUUAGUUGAAAGUCGGUCACUGUCAGUGCUUGUCCUGUUUCAACCUGUCCUUCGUUCUUGCUGUGCUAUGUAUUCUGUAUAAACCUAAUUUAAGUUUGUACACAUGCCUCUCUUACUGGCGUUUCCUAACUAUGUUCACAUUGAAUAUAUCUGUAAUAGUGAACUUUCACAUUUGUGUCAACCUUGAACAAAUGCCUUUGAAAAAUAGCUCAUAUGCCACAAGAGUAGGUCUAGCCCACCGGCCCGGUCACGGGCACGCCAGACAGCCAAGCGGGACUAGCCGCGUGCGCAACGAGUUCGCGUCCUCGCCGGACCUGCAAUAAAGUUUCUCCGUUCACUCACUCAUGCCCCAUGAGUAUGCCUGCAAACUAUGUACAAUAACUUCUUAUCACCAUUCUGCACUUCAAGUAUUUAUUUUUAUGCAUAUAUUUGCUUCAAUUCUAUAUAUUUUUUAAGUGUUGCCUCCAAAGGUUUUGUUCUCACCAAUAGUAUGUUUAUUAUUUCGUGGUUCAACUGCAUUCUUGUUAGACACUAGGAUUUCAGUUUUUGGACACUUGGGAAGUGAGCAAGUUGUCUACAAGCCUGCCUGAAUAAAUACGAGUGUGUAGCAUGUCGCUGA